AUGCUGUGGUCCAAAACAACCCUCAUCCUCACAGGCGCGUCGCUUUUCGCGACCGUCGCACAAGCAACUCCUGACAGCAGGCCCCGCACUGAUAGCCGGCCGGACAGCCUUUUGGACAACAGGAAUCACGGCUCGGCCAGCCAGGAUGACUUCUCUCACACGCCACCAGGCGGCGGCCCGUCUUUCAAACGGGACGACGACCGUGACAUGGACAUUUUUGAGCGUUCAUCCAUCUUGCGCGAAGCCAGAGUACCUCUCGGUGCUGCAUCAGCAGUAGUGCCAGGAAAGGCAUCGCUCGUAGCGCGACGCGGUAACAACCGCGAACCUGCCCGUGGCGGCGAACACGUCCACCACGACGGCGGCAAAGGCUCUCCAUCCGGCGACGAUUUUUCGCACACUCCCCAAGGUGGCGGGCCGGGCUACCGUCGCGGAGAAAUUUCAGCACCGUCCCGUGAAGAGGUGGAUGUUGCCGACGAAGGAAGAGAGACAGCUGGUCCCACAAACCGCCCGGAGGUGGUCAUGCGUACUGAUGUGGUCAUGCCCGAGCGCUAA